UUUAUAAGUUGACAUCUAAUGGAAAUUUAUUAUCCAUUGAUCUAUGAUUGUUUUUUUGUUUGUAAUUUACAAAUAAAACUUGGCUACAUAAUUGUUAUUUGAUAUAUAUUUUCUAAAUUAUUAUCGUACUGAUUGUUUCUUUUCGAGCAGUUGUUUAUUUCUUAUUAAAGCAGAAGGCAACAUGAAAGUAUCGGUGCCUAGAUACUCGACAUGUUUGGUGUUUCAGAUGUUAUUUAUGUGCUGUGAUUUGUUAUUUAAUUGUUGGAGUCUCUUUCCAAAGAGUCGUGGUGGACUUCUUCUGUUGUUCUUUUUUCAGGAUUUGUGCCUAGUCUUGGCAAUAACAUCAAUUUUGAUACCAUUAUUCUCUACAUAUCUUUUUCAAGCUGGGUUGAUGGAAGUUUUGAGCCGCAAAUUCAGAAUGGCUGGAAUUGUGAUUUUAGCAUAUUUUUUGCUAUCCAUUGCUUUGCAGUCUGCAUGGAUGAUUGAAAAGUGGGAUGAUACAGAAUCCGUCUCUACACCCCUUGUUAUGGUUUUAUUUACACUUCAAAGAUGUAUGGCACCCGGCUAUUACUUCUUCUAUAAGCGUGCUUCACUCAUGGUAAGCGACCCACGCUUCUAUGAGGACGUCGACUGGAUCAACCGGAACAGGACUGAAAAGUAAACUCACAAAUCAUGCCAUAAAGAAACACUAAAGAUGAAUCGUGAUGAAAUCAUAUUAACAUUUAUCAAUUACUUUAAUAUUAUUACUUAGCUGUAGAGGCUGCUCUCAUGCCAGGCGUUAAGAAAAACUUAAGACUGUUAACCAUAUUAGGCUACAAACAUGAAAAGAAUGUGUGAACAUCAUUUGUAAGGAAUAUUGAUAAGAUGUUUACUCUUAGGAAGUACUCGUAUAUAAUCAUAGUAUCUAAGAAUUAGUACUUAACCCACCCACCUGUAUCUCUAGGUCUACGUCGAUCUCAUUUACGAUUAGUACUCAUCCUAUUUUAGGAAUACGAUCGUAAAUUUUAAUUCUAGUCUUGUAAGUUGAUCUCAAUACUGUAUUAUUACUGUGUGAAAAAUGUGUGUAAAUUAAA